AUGCCGGGGAAGAAUUUUAUAGUUGAAGUGGAGCCAGCAAAGGAAGCAAGAGAUGGAAAGCCGUCGAUGGGACCAGUUUUUCGCAGUGCUUUUGCUAAGGAUGGAUUUCCAGAGCCGAUUCCAGGACUCGACAGUUGCUGGGAUAUUUUCCGUUUGUCAGUAGAGAAAUAUCCAAGUAACCCAAUGCUUGGUCGUCGUGAGAUCGUUGACGGAAAGCCCGGUAAAUAUGUAUGGAUGACUUACAACGAAGUAUAUGACUUAGUGGUCAAAGUUGGGAACUCCAUUCGCAGCUGUGGCAUUGAGGAAGGAGACCGAUGUGGUAUUUAUGGCGCUAAUUGCCCGGAGUGGAUUAUGAGUAUGGAGGCAUGUAAUGCUCAUGGGCUUUAUUGUGUUCCCUUAUAUGACACCUUAGGUGCUGGUGCAAUUGAGUUCAUUAUUUGCCAUGCGGAGGUUGCAAUUGCUUUUGUAGAGGAGAAGAAGAUUCCUGAGCUGAUCAAAACUCUUCCCAGUGCCACAAAAUACUUGAGAACUAUUGUCAGCUUUGGCAAAGUCACUUCUCAACAAAGGGAAGAAGUUGAAAAAUUUGGUGUGGCUAUCCAUUCUUGGGAUGAAUUUUUGUUAUUGGGAGACAAUAAACAGUUUGAUCUCCCGGUGAAAAAGAAAAGUGACAUUUGUACAAUUAUGUAUACUAGUGGAACCACCGGAGAUCCCAAGGGGGUCUUGAUUUCAAAUAAUAGUAUUGUCACACUAAUAGCUGGAGUAAAGCGUCUUCUAGGGAGUGUGAAAGAAUCGUUGACUGUCAAUGAUGUAUAUCUAUCAUAUCUUCCCCUGGCUCAUAUCUUUGACCGGGUGAUCGAAGAGUGUUUUAUUAAUCAUGGGGCCUCAAUAGGAUUUUGGCGUGGGGAUGUUAAGUUAUUGGUUGAAGACAUUGGAGAACUAAAGCCUACUAUUUUCUGUGCCGUUCCUCGGGUAUUAGAUAGAAUUUAUUCAGGUUUGCAACAGAAAAUUGCUGCUGGGGGUUUCAUUAAACAAGCAUUGUUUAAUUUUGCAUACUCUUACAAGUUACGUAAUAUGAGGAAUGGAUUGAAACAUUCUGAAGCGGCUUCACUCUGUGACAAAAUCGUUUUCAGUAAGGUAAAACAAGGGUUAGGGGGAAAUGUAAGACUUAUUUUGUCUGGAGCAGCGCCUCUUGCCUCUCAUGUAGAAGAGUAUCUACGGGUGGUGUCAUGUUCAUAUGUGCUUCAAGGAUACGGUUUGACAGAAACUUGUGCUGGUACAUUCGUCUCUAUUCCAGAUGAGAUGGACAUGCUGGGUACAGUGGGUCCUCCAGUGCCCAAUGUGGAUGUGCGCCUGGAAUCUGUUCCCGAAAUGAAUUAUGAUGCCCUUUCAAGUACUCCACGUGGAGAAGUGUGCAUAAGGGGAGAUACUUUAUUUUCAGGCUACUUCAAACGUGAAGACCUUACAAAUGAAGUUUUGAUUAAUGGCUGGUUUCACACAGGGGAUAUUGGUGAGUGGCAACCAAAUGGAAGCUUGAAAAUUAUUGAUCGCAAGAAGAACAUUUUCAAGCUUGAGGCUUAUCCAGCCGACCCUCUAUUUAUAAAAGCAUAUACGGUAAAAUAG